GGGUGGAGGCACCACCUGGGACCCUUCCCAAAUGGGGCUCCAGAAUGCUGUCACUUCGGACUUCCCAGCUGCUGUUUGGAUCUGGAAGUUUACAUCAAGAACCACCCCUGGUGGACCUUCACUGGAGAGUUAUUUUCAUGUUAUGGAGAAGAUAAUCUUUACACCUGAGUUCACAGGACCGUGAGGCUUCCUACCACUAAGAAUGAGGACCAGAUGAUGACUUGGAACGCAUACAUUCUUCAAGCACUGAAAAAGGUUAUUACAAGAUAUUGAGUAGAGUUCCCUGUGCUAUACAGAUUAAAACAAGGUGAGCCAACCAUGACUGGCAAAACACAGACCAGCAAUGUCACCAAUAAGAAUGACCCCAAGUCCAUCAACUCGCGUGUUUUCAUUGGCAAUCUAAAUACAGCCAUUGUCAAGAAAGUUGACAUUGAAGCCAUUUUCUCAAAGUAUGGAAAAAUAGUUGGCUGCUCCGUUCACAAAGGUUAUGCAUUUGUACAGUACAUGAGUGAGCGGCACGCAAGAGCUGCAGUGGCUGGAGAAAACGCCAGGAUCAUCGCAGGCCAACCGCUUGAUAUCAACAUGGCAGGAGAACCCAAACCAUACAGACCAAAACCUGGAAAUAAGAGGCCCCUUUCUGCACUUUAUAGACUUGAGUCAAAGGAGCCUUUCCUGUCUGUUGGUGGUUAUGUCUUUGACUAUGAUUACUACAGAGAUGAUUUCUACAAUAGGUUAUUUGAUUACCAUGGGCGUGUGCCUCCACCUCCCCGCGCAGUAAUUCCACUGAAGCGUCCCAGAGUGGCUGUAACAACAACUCGCAGGGGGAAAGGAGUCUUUUCCAUGAAAGGGGGAUCAAGAUCUACUGUCAGUGGAUCUUCUUCAUCAGGCUCUAAAUUGAAAUCAGAUGAAUUACAGACAAUCAAGAAAGAAUUAACCCAGAUCAAAACUAAAAUUGACUCCUUGCUAGGGCGCCUGGAGAAGAUUGAGAAGCAGCAGAAGGCGGAGGCAGAAGCUCAGAAGAAGCAAUUGGAAGAGAGUAUAGAGCUGAUCCAAGAUGAAUGUGUGUCAGAGAAUGCAGACCACUCUACAGAGGAGCCUGCUGAAGGAGGGCCAGAUGCCGAUGGAGAAGAGAUGACUGAUGGGAUAGAGGAGGACUUCGAUGAAGAUGGGGGUCAUGAGCUGUUUCUACAGAUAAAGUGAUUUGAAGUAAUGAAUGAUGCCAUGAAAGCAGAAAAGAAACUGUGACAACACCCAGAAAUGUGAAAGGAGGCUUCUUACUGCAUAACAGUAUCUUUGGUUCAAUUUAUAAAAACCCAAAUAAAAUGGACAGUAUUGUUCAAUUUUAGAAAUUCCAUUUCUUCUAUGUUCUAAGCUGUAUAAUUGUCAGGUUUUAUGGUUUAGAUUGUAAAUGUGUUUUUUCCCUUUGCUAAUUAUUUUUUUUUUUUUUUUAAGUCUUAAAAUGUGGAGGACAUUUAUGAAUGGUAAGGGAGACACUGUAUACAAAUGUAUAUUUGUAAAAGCUAUUUUUAUGAUUAGCAUGUUUUACUGUUGAUCAUAUAUAAAAGUCAGGUGAUAUUGCAA